CCUCCGAUGUUCCGUGACGACAUGUACCAAUCCUUCGAAAUUAGUCCCCAAUGCGGAAGUAAAUACACUUCUGACUUGAACCUGCAUUCCUGGGUAAAACAAUCAUAUACGUAUGACACGGGUUGUCAGAACAAUUAUGGUCCCACUUCGAGAUAAUAAAUUGAAGAAAAUGUUUCUAAUCUCGCUGCAAUCGUGUCGUCGCCGGACUUCCGUGUUGUUGUCAAGGAAACGUCAUUGUCUUGACCCGCCAUGCUUCGUCAUCUCACAUAACAAACGAACUGUUCCUGCCUGUGGUCGGUGAAAACAUAAUAGGUCGUCCGGCAUCAUGAGUCAGCGGACGGAGCGACGGGGGAUACAUGUGGACCAAUCAGACCUGCUGUGCAAAAAGGGAUGCGGUUACUAUGGCAACGCAGCAUGGCAGGGCCUGUGCUCCAAGUGCUGGAGGGAGGAGUACCAGCGGGUACGGCAGAAACAGAUCCAGGACGACUGGGCCUUGGCAGAAAAGUUGCAGCGAGAGGAGGAGGCAGCGUAUGCCAGUAGUCAUGGAGCGCAGACGCAGCCCCACUCCCAGUCCACAGCACCACAACCACACCCAGGGCAUGCCUCGCUAGGACCCUUCUCCAAGUUUGAGGAGAAGAAGACCAAUGAGAAGACACGGAAAGUGACCACCGUUAAGAAGUUCUUCAGCCCUUCAUCACGCACUGCUACCAAGAAAGAAACCCAAGAGGGCAAGACAACUAGUCCAUCCAUCAGCCGCCGUGCAAGUUUCGAUACAGACCAAGUGUCCAAGGACUUUGUGGACUUCUUGAAAAACCUCCAGAAGCCCGGCCGGGAAAUCCAUAAGCAGUGUCGAGCCUUCAUUGUGAACAUGUCGAGCAAGAAGGACCUGAGUGCUGACGAGCUGUCCGAGUGCGUUCAGGAUUUCUACCAGAGCCUGGCUGACCGCUUGAUGAGUCACUUUAAAGGCUCUUCAGAGUCUGUGGAGCAGGUGAUGGACCAAGUGGAAAAGUACAUAAUGACUCGUCUGUAUAAGAGCGUCUUCUGUCCAGAAACCACAGAUGAUGAGAAGAAGGACUUGGCCACCCAGAAGAGGAUAAGGGCCUUACACUGGGUGACCAUCCAGAUGCUCUGCGUGUCUAUGGAUGAAGAAAUCCCUGAAGUCGCUGAGAAUGUGGUCAAAGCAAUAACAGAUGUCAUUGAGAUGGACUCGAAGAGGGUUCCUCGGGACAAACUUGGAUGCAUCACGCGCUGCAGUAAACAGAUCUUCAGUGCCAUUAGGAUCACCAAGAAUGAGCCGGCCUCAGCUGACGACUUUCUCCCAGCGCUCAUUUACAUUGUGCUCAAGGCUAACCCUCCACGACUCCAGUCCAACAUCCAGUACAUCACCCGCUUCUGCAACCCCAGCAGGCUGAUGACCGGAGAGGAUGGAUACUACUUCACCAACCUGUGCUGUGCAGCAGCUUUUAUCGAGAAGUUGGACGCUCAGUCUCUCAACCUUUCCCCAGAGGAAUUUGAGCGCUACAUGUCAGGCCAAGCUUCACCGCGAUUCAACAGCUCCGAGGGUGACUGGCCAGACACUGGUUCGGCACUUGGCAUGACUGCCGCAAACCCUGUCCUGGCUCAGCUCAACUACAAUCUGGAGCUGCUGUCGGGCCUCAGCAGCCGGCAGGAGACGCUGAUGGAGGCUGCGCAGAGCCUGCAGGCCGACCUCCUCUCCUGGCCCGAGGGGGUACAGCGGGAGGUGCACGACAUCCUGGAGAAAUACCCUCUAGAGAUUCUGCCUCGCACAGUUUCUGCCAUUGAUGCCAACAACGUGGACAAUGACAACCUGCCACCACCCCUCACGCCGCAGGUGUUCGCAGGGUAGUGGAGUCUACAAAGGGAGGAAAAACAUUGCACAUACAGCAAGGGUACUCCUGCUUUUAAAAGUCAGCUCAUUGCCUGUGUUUUGAGUUUGAUGGUAACAUCCCACAUGCACUAAUAUCCUGAAUAGUUUGGAGCCUCGUCUUGCUGAGCUUCUUCUGCACCUUAAACACCUGGUUACACCAGUAUUUAUAACAGCGAAAUCAUUUAAUUUCAAUCAAAUCGCAGAGAUCACUGGAUUCGCUUGUAGGGGCGAAAUAAAUUUGCACGAAUCUUUCAUGUCAAUUUCAUCUUUCACAUGCGAAGUCACACUGUUGACCAAUAGCAAGUUGUCUGGACGGUGUUGACCUUUGAGGGAAUGGAGAGCCAGAGAGUCCAAAAUGGAGGAAGGCAAGGCAGCAUUAAAAUAUAUAGCACAUUACAAACACAGAGGCAUUUCAAAGUGCUUUACAAAGGCAAAGAAAAGCAUUAUAAUGACCUUUAAAAACAAUAAGCAAUAAGCUAAUAUAGCUUAUUAGUUGUGUCGCACCAUUUACUUUUAUUAAAGCUCCUCUGUCGGAGUAAACUUAGUUAGCAAGCUAGCUAGCGCGGAGAGCUUAUUUUUCCUGUCUUCAGUAACUCGACAGUACGAUGUACAACACUGAGAACAAAAUGCCAAGACGGAGUAAAUGGCACAGUACAGAGAAAACACAGAGAUAUUGUGACUGACGCUAGCAUGUUCUGGCCUGCUAGCAUGUUAGCUGCUGGACGUUACGUAACGUGCAGGUGAUGUUCACCUGUUGGAGAAGCUAACAUUUAAGUUAGCCUAUACAAAGUCUUGUGAAACAGAUUCUAAUAUAAUAUAUCCACUGGAAUGAAACUGAAAACAUGAACUUCUCUUGUGUUGUUAGUUUGAUCAUACUGCCCUCAAAACAUAUACAUAAAAUUAAAAUUAAAAAGCUAUUAUUUUUAGUAUUUUAUAACUAGUAUUUUUUAACUCCUUACCGCUCAGGAUAAAAACGUAACGGUACGGUUUUUGACAAACACAAAAUCACCAUAUACAACAACCUAAUCUUUAACAUUAGCUGAUUUAAUGCAUUAAGUUGGAUCCUACUCUAUUUUUUCCACAUAUUGCUAACGUUAAAAUGCUAAUGUUAGGUACAAAUGUCUUUAGAAAAGACUUAAGAUAAAGUUGUCUGCUCAGUAAGACUUUAAUACAUAAUACAUUUCACUCUUUGUGUGGCUUUUUUUAUUUCACUUGAGGAGUCACCAAGCCUCCUGGUGUGACUGGGCCUUUAUGGUUAUCAAAUCAGCUGCCAUCUGGUUAAGUGCAAAGAAAAAACAGGUUUUACAGCAAGUAUAAACUUCCAUAAGUGAUGUUUUUGUGUUUCUGUUUGAGGUGAGUUUGACUUGUUAAUAUAGCAAUAUAAUCCCAUUUUUUGCUGUGUUUAAUAUUUUGUGCCGCAGCUGUUUAUGUAUCUGUUUGGUGAACUGAAAUCCAGCUGUAACACAUUUAGAGGAAACACAGAACCACUCUGGAUCACAUUUUCUCUCAGUUUAUUUUUUAUAAACACACUGUUUUAACAUCGUACUGUGAUUUUAGAAUUUUCUGUAUUUUGGCUUUCUGCAUAUUCACCUCUAUAAUGAAUCAGAAUGUAAUAUGCAUGUUAUAUGAAAGAAUACUAAUAAUAAUGUAUUUUAGAUAUUGAUUUAUUUUGUAAUUAUGUGAUGUACUGUAUAAUAUUGGGUGUUGUCUGAUUGCCUGUUGAAACACUGCUGCCCGACUACUGAUUUUGGUUUUGUGUUGAUUAUAGCUAACUUGUUGAUUUUUAGUUAUCUGAAAAACCAGUGCACUUUUAUUUUGAAUUAAAUGAGGAGAGAGAGUCCAAACCCUGAUCAGCUCUCAUAUAAUUGGCUGUGUAUUGACCAUGUGAUUGGACUCAUGACUGGUUAGCAUGGCGCUAUGGCUGCAGAUAGCCCUUUUUUUUUUACUGCAGUUGCAAAGUAGUUAAUUGAAAGUUACCUUAAAGGAUAAGUCUGGUGAUAUUCUGUAUUUUUCUUCUUGUCAACAAAUCCCUUGAAAAUACCAAAAACAACAAUAAACUGAUCCUACUAACAAGUAUUGUCUGUGUAAAGCCUGAUAUAUGUUACUCCUCUGUGCCAUAGAGCUCCAUUGUUGUCCAGAAAUUAUUGAAAACACAUCAGUGUUGCACUGGGUGACAUGUUCCUUCAUUACAAUGUAGUUUAUUUUGGAUUGAUCCCACAUCACUAUCCUAGUGCUGAAAAUACUCAGCCCCAAAUGUGUAUUAAUCCGCAGCUGAAAAUAGUCCCCAACAAAUGCACUAUUUACUCCUAUUUGAGUAACGAUUGCCAAAAACUACAGUGGCCAGCUGUUUUAAAAAGUGAAACUAUAUAUUUGUGACCUGUUUUUAAAGAUUUGCGUCUUCAGAAACCACUGGACUUAUGGGUUGAGUGCCACAGACAGGGGUACGGGAGUCAGAAAGUAUUCAUGGGAUUUGUUGACAAUAAGAAAAAUAUAGAACAAUAAGAAAAAUAUAGAAUAUCUGUCAAACAUAUUCUGAAAUGUGAAAUAAAAAGCUACCAGAAACUCUCAUAAAGCAGAUUUAUGAAACUGACUGACUGAAAUUGGGUGCUGUGUUUGUGAUACAAAAACAUUUCAUACUUUUUAAGUGUUUAAUGACAAAUCUACAAAUUGUCAUAAUGAAAUUUAUUUUUUAAAAUGUUUUCUGGUAUUAUUUGGUCUGGAAACAGGUUAAAAAAAUUAGAAAUAUAAUUAAUACCAGUUAAAAGUGGGUGACUGCCCAAUGGUGGAUGAUGCUAAUUGUUGGAAAAUUAUAUAAAUAAUAAUUGCUGCAUUUUUCAUUUGAGUGAAAUAAAGAAGAAAGGGAAAUGUGAA